AUGGAUUCUGCCGCCUCGCCGGCCGCGCGUUUGCAACCCCCAACAGGCGCCGCUGCGUUCGGCGCUCGAGUCAAGCAGGAAGACCGUCAGCGAACGCUCGCAGGUUCUCUCGGCGCCGUAAGGCAUUCCAGGGAUCGGCUGUGCGAGAGUCCCGGCGCUGCAGCGUCAGCUGAGGGCCGCAUCCGAGCCGCGAGGAAUUCCGCAGGUAACGAAACAGGAAUUGGCGAUGAAGGUGACGACAGCCAGCGAGGUGACGAGACAGCCGGAAAGGCGCGAAAGGGCUCGGUUGCCGACCUCCCGCGGGGCCAGGAUGGUAAAGGAGAACGAACAGAAUGGGCGGACGACGCGGGAGCCCUGAGCAGGUGCCAGGAUGGGAAGGAAAGCAAAGAGACAGAAUCCACCAAAGAGCAAGGUGGACGAGCGGACGAAGACGCGGAACGCGAGAGCGCGCCUCACGGGGACUGUCUGAAAGGCCGUUCACGUACAGGCUUCGACAGCCUCGGCUGUGUGCUCGGCUUUUCAGGAUCAUCCGGAGCCUCGGAGGCGCAGACGAUGGACGAGGUUUCCUUGGAGGGCCGUGGAGCUGGACACGAAACGCGUGGUGUUGACCGAAGCAGUGCAACACAGACGGGCGACAUCCACAGAGAGAGGAAGAAGCAAAGUUCAACCGUUCGGAGCCAGCUGACUGACGGGUUCCGCCCCGCCGGUAUCUUUCCUGCGUCGCGGGAGCGGUUUGCGUCGUUCAGGACGAAACUCGCGCGAGGAGAGAGGGACGAAGGGAGAGUGGAAGUGCGAGGCAGAGAGAAGAGGAAAGAAGGCGGUGUAACAGGUCGGGAGGCAGGCGCGCCCCUCCCUGGAGCCGCGGAUGAGGACGCGAAGGAGGCCGAGGGGAGACAGUCAAGCGCGGACGUCACGCGGGCAGCGACAAACCCGACGGCGGAACGGCUGGCGGCCGAGACUGAGCAGAGAGAGGCGGCAGAUGAAGGAGAACUCGAGAAAGAGGAGCGAGGCACCGCGCGCAGUGAGGAGGCGACCAGAUGCUGCAGCCGAAGCAGGAGCAACGGCAGAGAGAGCGCUUCUGGCGACGCGUGUGGCGGCGCGGAGGACGCGCGACAGGAAAGGAAACCCGAAAGGCCAGAAGAAAAGGGAAGGAGAGGGGAGACAAAGCGAGGGACGAACCGUGCCUCUCGUCUGCGUAGCUCGAGCUCUCCGUCGCCUCGGAACAGCGGAACUGUGGAGAGGCACGACGUAGGCAGGGCUGUUGACUCCCGCGGUGAGAACGGCGGACUGUGCGCGGGGCGAAGGCCGAGUUUAGGAGAGAACGCGAAAGCUGCGCCGCGAUCGCAGCGUUCGAAUCCUCGGCGCGCGUGCAGAGAAGGCCGAGGCCUGACGCCCUGUGGGGUCGAAUGGACCCGCGAGCUCAUCGCCGUCGCGAAGGAGCAGGCGGCUCGCCCCUCCGUUUCCCUCGAGCUGCAGUGUGCCGUCCGUCCCUCGCGUUUCCUUCGGGACUUCCUGGCCCUGCUCGUGUCGCUCUCCCGCUCCAUGGGCUCCGCUCUCCCUGUAUGCUUUCUCUCUGGUCAGCAAAUCGCGUGGAGCACUGACGACUCGCCUUCGCUCCGCCGCCUCCUGACCGUGGUCCCCGAAGCUAAACCCGGCGUCGGCCGGGGUCUGUUCCUCCAGGGCGAUUUGCCGGGCUGUCUCUGCAGCCUGUGGCUCGAGACACUGCGCGAGUACGCCGCCCGACGCCGGCGAAAGCGGAAGAAGGGCGCGGGGAGCGACGGAGAGGCCGAAGGCGGGCGGCGGAGACGGCCACGCGCUGUAGAAACAGCGGAACGGCUCGGCGCGGAAGCGGAGACGCGCCGGAGCGAAGGAGGCCGGGACGAGCGAGGGACAGAGGAGAGCGUGCGCAGGAAAGGACUUCAGGUUGAACGACGCAGACAAGGGGGAACAGGCGGGAGAGAAGGGCCGUUGGUAAGAAGUGGAGGAGGCGACAGAAGGCCGCCGACACAUGGCGAGAGGCUGCAGCGCAGAAAGCGGAGGGGAACGAGGGGUAGAGAGCUCGGUGAGCGGCCGGAGGAAGAACGUGAUGCGGCAGAGCAAGUCGAAGCAAGAGGAGAGAACAAGGCAACAGAAAGGCGGGAUGACGCAGGGGACCGACACGAGAGCGAGGCGUGCCAGGCCGGCUGGAACGUCGAUUUGAGAGGCCUCGUGGAGAACGAAGGAAGCGCGAAGCACGGACCUACGCCGCAUCUCUCUGCGGCGACCGGUGGCAUCCGCGCGGAGAAAGACGGUGAGCGAGGCGAGGCGGGAAAAGUGAAGAAGGGGGAAAUCGAAGGCGACACAUGUGGUUCCUCAGAGGCAGAGAGGCCGAAGCGGUCAACGGAUCCUCCUGUGCAAGACAAGGACGGCGUGGGGGCCCACCGGGGACCGGAAAGGAGUGUAGCCAGGAGAGGAAAAGGAUCCAAAGCAGAGAUUUGGGAGAGGAAAGAGGCAGAACCGACUCGGAAAGAGACAAGAUCGAAAGGCAGCGUCGUGCUACCCUGCGGAUGCGGCGAAGAUGGAGAGCGAGGCGGUUUCCGUCUCCUGUGUUUUCGGGGAGACGUCGUCCUCUCGGCUUACAACGACUGCCGGAAAAAAGCUUUUUCGGCUCUUGCGCCGCUGUGUGCGGCCGAGGCGGACUUCAUCUACUCUCCAGAGGAGAACCCCGGGAUCGAGCCGGCGAGUCACCUGAGCCCGGCAUUUACGCUAGCGUCUCUAGACAUCCCCUUCAGUUUUCAGCUCCAGGCGAACAACUACUUGAAUAGCGAACUCGUCGAGGAAGUCAAGGCCAUUUUUGGAAACCAUUACUGUGCUCGACACUGUCAUGGGUUCUUCGAUAUCAACCAAGACAACAUUCCUUGCAUCGUGGUGAGCGCGACAGCGGACGUGGAACCGGUUCUUCUCGAGCUCUUGCUCGUCCUUACCCGGGAGGAAGGCCAGCUGGGAGGCAGCGCGGCCCACGCUCCUUUGGCCGGUCGCGUUCCCUUCUUCCUUCAUCUUCUUUGCCCCGGGCUCUCCGCUACACAGUCAGAGAUAGAAAGUUCUCUGCUGCGCGGAUAG